GCAAAGCAUAGCAUCACUACCAGAAGCCAGCCAUAACCGCUGUUACUGAGCUAUGUAAACCAUCUGACCAAUUGAAUUGCCUCUCUCUCUGAGGCAGACUGUAAUUGGACUGUGAUGGCGGUGAUGUUAUCUGAGGUGGGCUGUGAUUGGACCGUGACGUCGGUAACGUUAUGGAUCUUCGGCUGAUAACUUCAUGCCAUCACCCAGGAAGCUAGCAGGAAAGCUAGGCUAACGUCACGCUAGGCCUCAUUGUAACUAUCAACAAACCCGCCGGAUUCUCUAUUAAAACACCGCUAUUAAAAGGACAGCGGAGCCAAGUUUAUGAUCCUGCAUGAGGACAAUCACAACUUGUAAAAUAUGGUGGUUGUCAAGAUCCGAGACCAGCCUGCUUUGCUGAAAGCUAUUUUCAAUGUGGACCCUGAUGAAGUACGCUCACUCAUAUUUAAGAAAGAAGAUGUAAAUACACAGGACAAUGAGAAGCGAACUCCUCUGCAUGCUGCUGCCUAUCUGGGAGAUGCUGAAAUCGUAGAGCUGCUGAUACUGUCAGGAGCUCGGGUGAAUGCCAAAGACAACAAGUGGUUGACUCCUCUGCACCGGGCCGUGGCGUCCUGCAGUGAGGAGGCUGUCCAGGUGCUGCUGAAACACUCGGCGGACGUCAACGCCCGUGACAAAAACUGGCAGACGCCGCUGCACAUCGCCGCGGCCAACAAGGCGGUCCGCUGUGCUGAGGCGCUGGUCCCCCUGCUCAGCAACGUGAACGUUUCAGACCGGGCCGGGCGCACGGCGCUGCACCACGCUGCCUUCAGCGGACAUCUGGAGAUGGUGAGGCUGCUGCUGUCCAGAGGAGCAAACAUCAAUGCAUUUGACAAGAAGGACCGCCGCGCCAUCCACUGGGCAGCUUACAUGGGUCACAUUGAGGUGGUGAAGCUGCUAGCCUCCCAUGGAGCAGAGGUGGCCUGCAAGGAUAAGAAGUCAUACACACCACUGCAUGCCGCUGCAUCCAGCGGUAUGAUCAGCGUGGUCAAAUAUCUCCUCGACAUGGGGGUGGAUAUCAAUGAGCCCAACGUGUAUGGCAACACGCCGCUGCACGUGGCGUGCUACAACGGACAGGAUGUGGUGGUGAACGAGUUCAUUGAGAACGGCGCCAACGUUAACCAGGUGAACGAGAAGGGCUUUGCGCCGCUCCACUUCACUGCCGCGUCACGCCACGGGGCCCUCUGCCUGGAGCUGUUGGUCUGCAACGGUGCAGAGGUCAACAUCAAGAGUAAAGAUGGAAAGACUCCUCUCCAUAUGACGGCCAUCCACGGGCGGUUCUCGAGGUCUCAGGCGGUCAUAAAGAACGGGGCGGAAAUCGACUGUGAAGAUAAGAAUGGGAACACUCCGCUGCACAUUGCGGCUCGAUACGGACACGAGCUGCUGAUCAGCACGCUCAUCACCAAUGGCGCUGACACCGCCAAACGAGGUGUUCACGGGAUGUUCCCAUUGCAUCUGGCAGCUCUUAGUGGAUUCUCUGACUGCUGCCGGAAGCUCCUCUCAUCAGGCUUUGAUAUCGACACUCCAGACAACUUUGGGAGGACCUGUUUACACGCUGCAGCAGCUGGGGGGAACUUGGAAUGUCUCAACCUCCUCCUGAACACUGGAGCAGACUUCAACAGAAAGGACUCCUUUGGCAGAACGCCGCUGCACUACGCUGCCGCUAACUGUAACUACCAGUGUCUGUUUGCCCUGGUGGGCUCCGGGGCCAGCGUCAACGACCUGGACGAGAGGGGCUGCACACCGCUGCACUACGCCGCCGCCUCCGACACAGACGGGAAGUGCCUUGAGUACUUGCUGCGAAACGAUGCCAAUCCAGGGAUCAGGGAUAAUCAGGGGUACAAUACGGUGCACUAUGCCUCUGCAUACGGACAUCGCCUCUGUUUGGAGCUGAUCGCUAGCGAAACGCCUCUAGAUGUGUUAAUGGAAACCUCAGGGACGGACAUCAUGAACGACUCGGAUGUCAGAGCUCCCAUCAGCCCGCUGCACCUCGCCGCCUACCACGGCCACCACCAGGCUAUGGAGGUGCUGGUGCAGUCCCUGCUGGACCUGGAUGUGAGGAACGGCCAGGGGCGCACGCCUCUGGACCUGGCCGCAUUCAAGGGCCACGUGGAGUGUGUGGAUGUCCUGAUCAACCAGGGAGCCUCCAUCCUGGUUAAGGACUACACCCUAAAGAGGACGCCCAUCCACGCCGCAGCCACCAACGGUCAUUCAGAAUGUUUGCGUUUGCUGAUCGGAAAUGCUGAUCUUCCCAGUGCCCCUGACAUUCAGGAUGGGAAUGGACAGACCCCUCUGAUGCUGUCUGUGCUGAGCGGACACACGGACUGCGUCUAUUCCAUGUUGAAUAAGGGUGCAAGUGUAGAAGCCAAAGACAAGUGGGGUCGGACAGCUCUUCACAGAGGAGCGGUGACGGGACAUGAGGAGUGUGUGGAGGCCCUGCUGCAGCACAGCGCCAACUUUCUGGUCCGUGACUGCAAGGGGCGGACCCCCAUGCACCUGGCCGCAGCCUGUGGACACAUCGGUGUGCUGGGGGGCCUGCUGCACGCCGCCCAGUCUGUAGAGAAACUUCCUGUCCUCACAGACAACAAGGGCUACACCCCUUUGCACUGGGCCUGUUACAACGGUCACGACACAUGCGUGGAGCUACUGCUGGAACAGGAGGUGUUUCACAAGACAGAGGGCAACUUGUUCAGUCCCCUCCACUGUGCUGUUAUCCAUGACAACGAAGGAGCUGCAGAGAUGCUAAUAGACACAAUUGGGCCAGGAAUUGUGAAUGCAGCCGACACCAAAAACAGGACGCCACUGCACGCAGCCGCCUUCACGGACCACGUGGAGUGUCUCCAGCUGCUGCUCAGCCACAACGCACAGGUCAACAGCACCGACUCCACUGGGAAGACCUCGCUCAUGAUGGCAGCAGAGAAUGGCCAGACCAAUGCUGUCGAGCUGUUGGUUAGCAGCGCAAAAGCGGAUCUCACGUUGCAGGACGCGGUUAAGAAUACUGCGCUUCAUCUAGCCUGCAGUAAGGGACAUGAAACCAGUGCCUUGUUGAUAUUGGAGAAGGCUACAGACAGAAACCUCAUCAAUGCGACAAACUCAGCCUUACAAACGCCUCUUCAUGUGGCUGCAAAGAACGGUCUCACAGUGGUGGUCCAAGAGCUGUUGGCAAAGGGAGCCAGUGUGCUGGCCGUUGAUGAGAAUGGUUACACCCCAGCCUUGGCGUGCGCCCCCAACAAGGAUGUGGCCGACUGCCUUGCUCUCAUCCUGGCUACCAUGAUGCCUGUGUUCCCCUGCACCCAGGCCCCAAGCCUGCCCUUCAGUGCAAUCAACCACUACACCACGACCAGCCCCUCCAAGAGCAUCACCUUCGACAGCCUGCCGGCACUGCAGGACGAGCACAGCUCCUACUGCAGCUUUAACAACAUCAGCCACCACGACGGCUCCUACAAGGACGAGGAGCUCAACGACUCCGACUCCGAGACCUACUGAGGGACCUGGAGCAGGACGCACCCCCCCCACUCUUAUACACCACGCGUACACGUACAGAAACACACACGCUGUGUCUUAAAAAUCACCACUCCAGCUUGGACAGAGAACGAACAGACGAGCCAAACAGGAGCCUUAAGUGUCCCCUCAGAGACAGACGGAGGGGGAGAUAUGGCGAUCAAGCGAGAGGGGGGGGUAGAGAUGUUUCAUACGUCCCAAACCCCCCCCCCCCCCCUGACCUCAUUCAGCACAAGGUGUCUUUCACAGCAGAUUGUGGACUGGAACAGUGAACUGCUGCCCCAGCAGCCCACCGAGACCUUCAGCGCUAUUUACUGACUGCGUUGACAGGGUGUUCAGCUUAUCUUUACAUGGCAAUAAACAAAAGAGUUGAAGAGGGAGUGUAGCACUGAGUAGAAAACUGAGAGGGACCAAACAAAAUGUUGAUACAUUUUGAAGCCGGUUUUAACUGUGUAAAUUGGGCUUGGACAUUGAUGGUUAUUCGGAUACAUAAAUUGAAGGCCACAUUUCAAAUUGUCAUAGCGAUAAGCGGCUGAACAGGGCAUACUACAGGAGGCUUAUUUUAAACACCAGAGUUUUAAUGUACCCAUUUUAAUUUCUUUAAACUCCUAGCCUCAAGGAACAUAGUAUUGGUUAAACAAAGUAAUUAUAAAAAUGAGAUGUGCAAGAAGGUUGUUUUUAAGUUGAUCAUGUGAUGAAUAAAUUAUUUGUGUUCUAUAAGUUCUAUUUAUGUCAUUUUGUGCCUUCAUUUUUUGCUAAAACCAAUGGCUGGGUUUGUAGGGGCAGUUGUGACAGAAAUCAAUGACGUACAGAACCUAGGUAAGUAGUGUAUUUGUUCUUAAAGCACUGACACAAUACUAAGGGUGUCGUUAUGGCAUGCCUUGCAUUCUGAAGAUAAACACUGUAAACCAAUGGUAGAACAGCAUUUGUAUAUCUUCUCUUCGACAUACGUUAAUCGAUGUACUGGACAGGUUUUGCUUGUUCUCACGAAAAAUAACAAGCAUCUGAUAUUGUCGACUAUUAAAAACUUCUGUUUGA